CCUCCUCUCUCCGCAGACGAUGUCUCCCCGUACUUUAAGACGGAGCCGGUGCGGAGCCAGGUCCACCUGGAGGGGAACCGCCUGGUCCUGACGUGCAUGGCGGAGGGCAGCUGGCCCCUCGAGUUCAAGUGGCUGCACAACAGCCAGUAUCUGACCAAGUUCUCCCUGGAGUACCGGUGAGUCCCCACCGCUCCCCUGACUGGUUGUCCCGCACAUUUUGCAGACAUGGGGAGCUUCGAGGACAGCGAGACGCAGCAGAGCGUGUCCCACGGGGAGGCGGCCGUCAUCCGUGCGCCCCACAUCGCCAGCUUCCCCCAGCCCCAGGUCACCUGGUUUCGCGAUGGCCGGAAGAUCUCCCCCAGCAGCCGCAUAGCCAUCACGCUGGAAAACACCCUCGUCAUCCUCUCCACGGUGGCCCCGGAUGCGGGACGUUACUACGUGCAGGCAGUGAACGACAAGAACGGGGACAACAAGACGAGCCAGCCCAUCACGCUGACCGUGGCCAGUAGUGCAGGGGGCAUCGCCCCCCCCAGCCCCGCUCCCCCUGCACCGCCUGGCUCGCCCCCAAACGUGGGUGGCCCGGCUGAUCCCAUCGCACCCACCAUCAUUGUCCCACCCAGGAACACCAGCGUGGUGGCCGGGACCUCAGAGGUGACCAUGGAGUGCGUGGCCAAUGCCAGGGGACCUCGCGGAGCUGGAGCCACUGCAAGCCGUCCCUUCAUCCCGGCAGUCCCCACGGUGCCCCCGGGGAACGUGCAGACCGAGGCCACCAACUCCACCACCAUUCGCUUCACCUGGAACCCCCCCAGCCCCCAGUUCAUCAAUGGCAUCAACCAGGGGUACAAGCUCAUUGCCUGGGAGCCGGAGCACGAGGAGGAGGCGACGGUGGUGACGGUGCGGCCCAACUUCCAGGACAGCGUCCACGUGGGCUACGUGGCGGGGCUGCGGAAAUUCGCCGAGUACUUCACCUCGGUGCUGUGCUUCACCACGCCGGGGGACGGCCCGCGCAGCCCCCCCCAGCUGGUGCGCACCCACGAGGACGUGCCUGGCCCUGUGGGACACCUCAGCUUCAGUGACAUCCUGGACACGUCCCUGAAGGUCAGCUGGCAGGAGCCACAGGAGAAGAACGGUAUCCUGACAGGCUACCGGAUCUCCUGGGAGGAGUACAACCGCACCAACACGCGGGUGACCCAUUACCUGCCCAACGUCACCCUGGAGUAUCGUGUCACCGGCCUUACCGCCCUCACCACCUACACCAUCGAGGUGGCUGCCAUGACCUCCAAGGGCCAGGGCCGGGUCUCCUCCUCCACCAUCUCCUCGGGGGUGCCUCCAGAGCUCCCCGGUGCCCCCACCAACCUGGGCAUCUCCAACAUCGGACCCCGCUCCAUCACCCUUCAGUUUCGCCCAGGCUAUGAUGGCAAAACCUCCAUCUCCCGCUGGCAGGUGGAGGCACAGGUGGGCCAGAGCGGCGAGGCUGAAGAGUGGGGGCUCAUUCACCAGCUGGCUAGCGAGCCCGACGCCCGCUCCAUGGAGGUGCCCAACCUGAAGCCCUACACCUACUACAGUUUCCGCAUGCGGCAAGUGAACAUUGUGGGCACCAGCCCCCCCAGCCUGCCCUCCCGGAGGAUCCAGACCCUACAGGCACCCCCGGAUGUGUCACCUGCCAAUGUCACCCUGCGGACGGCCAGCGAGACCAGCCUGUGGCUGCGCUGGAUGCCCCUGCUGGAGCAGGAGUACAAUGGGAACCCCGACUCGGUGGGCUACAAGAUCCGGUACGCGCGCUCGGAUGGACGAGGGCAGCCGGCGGUGCACAUCAUCCACGACCGCGUGGAGCGGGAGUACACCAUCGAGGACCUGGAGGAGUGGACCGAGUACCGGGUGCAGGUCCAAGCCUUCAACGCCAUCGGCUCGGGGCCCUGGAGCCACUCGGUGGUAGGACGCACCCGGGAGUCAGUGCCCUCCUCCGGCCCCAGCAAUGUGUCGGCGCUGGCCACCACCUCCAGCAGCAUGCUGGUCCGAUGGAGUGACAUCCCUGAGGCAGACUGCAACGGCCUCAUCCUGGGCUACAAGGUGAUGUACAAGGAGAAGGACUCGGACGCGCAUGCCCAGUUCUGGCUGGCAGAGGGCAAUGCCUCCCGCAGCGCCCAGCUGAGCGGGCUGGGCAAGUACACGCUGUACGAGAUCCGCGUGCUGGCCUUCACCAGGAUCGGCGAUGGCGUGCCCAGCCAGCCCCCCAUCCUCGAGCGGACGCUGGAUGAUGUGCCUGGGCCCCCCGUGGGGAUCCUCUUCCCCGAAGUGAGGACCACCUCAGUGCGGCUUGUCUGGCAGCCACCUGCGGCACCCAACGGCAUCAUCCUAGCGUACCAGGUCACCCACCGCCUCAACACCACCACGGCCAACGCAGCCGCUGUGGAGGGGCUGGAGCCCAGCCCCCCGGCCGAGGACAAGAUCAACGGGAUCCUGCUGGGUUUCCGCCUCCGCUACCGCGAGCUGGUGUACGACAGCCUGCGCGGCUUCACCCUCCGCAGCAUCGGCAACCCCAGCGCCACGUGGGCCGAGCUCACCUGUCUGUGGUCCCUAACACACUUGUCUGCGAUGUCGCUGAUCCACUUCUGGGAGGCCCAGCGCCGGAACGAGAGCGCACGGGUGAAGACGCUUUUCCUGCCCGAGAACGGGGUGAAGCUGAAGAACCUGACGGGGUACACCUCAUACUGGGUCAGCGUUGCCGCCUUCAACGCCGCAGGAGACGGACCCCGCAGCAGCCCCGUCAAGGGGCGGACGCAGCAGGCAGCCCCCAGCGCCCCCGGCUCCAUCCGGUUCAGUGAGCUGACCACCACAUCGGUGAACGUGUCCUGGGAGCCACCACCGCUGCCCAAUGGCGUCCUCGAGGGCUACAGGCUGGUCUACGAGCCCUGCAUGCCCGUGGACGGCGUCAGUAAGAUCGUGACAGUGGAUGUGAAGGGGAACAGCCCGUUGUGGAUGAAAGUGAAGGACCUGGCCGAGGGCAUGACGUACCGGUUCCGGAUACGGGCCAAAACCUUCGCUUACGGGCCCGACGUUGAGGCCAACAUCCCCACGGGGCCGUCCCCAGGUGCCCCCGGUCCCCCUGGUGAGCCCUUCAUCUCCCGCUACGGCUCGGCGAUCACCAUCCACUGGGCGAGUGGGGACCCCGGCCAAGGGCCCAUCACCAGAUACGUCAUCGAAGCCCGUCCUUCAGACGAGGGGCUCUGGGACAUCCUUAUCAAAGACAUCCCCAAGGAGGUGACCUCCUACACCUUCAGCAUGGACAUCCUCAAGCAGGGGGUCAGCUACGACUUCCGCGUCAUUGCUGUGAACGACUACGGCUAUGGAACCCCCAGCACGCCGUCCCCCUCCGUGUCAGCCCAGAAAGCCAACCCGUUCUACGAGGAGUGGUGGUUCCUCGUGGUCAUCGCCCUGGUGGGGCUCAUCUUCAUCCUCCUGCUCGUCUUCGUGCUCAUCAUCCGUGGGCAGAGCAAGAAGUACGCCAAGAAGUCAGACUCAGGGAACGGCUCCAAGGCAACCGCCCUGAGCCAUGGCGAGAUGGUGAGCCUGGACGAGGGCAGCUUCCCCGCCCUGGAGCUCAACAACCGGCGCCUCUCCGUCAAGAACUCCUUCUGCCGAAAGAAUGGCAUCUACACCCGGUCCCCACCGCGGCCCAGCCCCGGUAGCCUCCACUACUCGGACGAGGAUGUGACCAAGUACAACGACCUGAUCCCCGCCGAGAGCAGCAGCCUGACAGAGAAGCCCUCCGAGGUCUCCGACUCUCAGGUGACUGUCCGGGGCUGCACGCGAGAGGCGCUGCCGGGGCUGUUCCACGCAUCCCACGGCUGA